AUGAGCGAAUUUUUUAAAGUAUUGGAAAACCCUGAACUAGGUCGUUAUAGUGUGGCUGCAAAGGUUAUACAAGCAGGGGAAAUUCUUUUCGAAGAAAAACCAUUUGCGAUUGGGCCAAAGGUGGACAGUCCUCCGGUGUGUUUAGAAUGCUGUUGUACAGUCGACGGGAGUGCAGCUGGUCCAAAAUGCGCGUUCUGUGGCUGGCCUAUAUGCGAGGAGUGUGGUGAAAACUUAAGCAACAUUGUCUAUCACAAGAAGGAAUGUGCCCUGUUCGUUGAAAAUAAGGUCAAAUUCCAGAACGUGCCAAAUUCGAACAUUAGCUGUAUCCAGUUGGAUUGCAUAACCCCGUUAAGGGUUUUGUUGCAGAAAGAGGAUCAGCCAGGGCGAUGGGACGCGGAAAUUAGUGUAAUGGAGUGUCAUUCUGAAGCGCGUAAGGAUACCGCCAUCUGGAAAGCCGAUCAGAGAAACGUCGUUGAGUACCUGCGGAGAGCGUGCGGUUUGAAGGAUCGUUUCAGCGCAGAUUUGAUACAGCAAGUGAUCGGAAUCCUUGCAGUAAAUGCAUUUGAAGCGCGAACGAAUCGUGGCUUUGCCAUGCGCGGACUUUAUCCAAAGUUGGCUAUCAUGUCACAUUCGUGCGUUCCCAAUGUCGUACAUUCAAUUUAUCCUAGCAGUGGUUACAGUCUAACUGCAAGGGCAGCGGUUGAUGUCGCAGAAGGUGAUCAGCUUCACACUACUUACACUUACACUAUGUAUGGGACAAGUAUGAGGCAAAAGGCACUCAAAGCUGGAAAAUAUUUUACGUGUCAUUGUGCACGCUGUGCAGAUCCUACUGAACUAGGAACCCAUUUCAGUUCGUUGAUUUGCGAAAAAUGCAGUAUCGGUCUGAUAGAGUCCAGCAAUCCUCUGGAUGACGAAGCUGACUGGAAAUGUACACACUGCGAUCAUUCUAUAAGAGGUUCUAUAGUUUUAAAAAAGACACAAAUUAUGCAAAGCGUUCUGGACAGAAUAGAUUAUACAAGUCACGGAAAGGAAAGGUUGGAAAGUUAUGAGCGCAUUUUUGAAAAAUUUAAGGGUAUAAUUCACCCACUUCACUUCAUAAACACAUCCAUUCGAGACAGCUUAAUUCAGCUCUACGGCAGGGUCCCCGGCUACAGAAUUUCGGAAAUGUCAGAUGCGUUAUUGGAGCGUAAAAUUGAACUAUGUAAAGACGUACUGCAAGUAAUGAACGUAUUUGAGCCUGGCAAAAGCCGUGCGCGUGCGAUGAUUCUAUAUGAGCUGCAUGCACCGAUAGUCUUACUAGCAAAAUUAAAUUUCAAUCGAAGAAAAUUAGACAAGACAGCCUUUAAAGAUAAACUGCAAACCGCAGUUUGUUUACUGCAGGAUUGCGUAAGCAUAUUGGAAUGGGAGGAUCCCUCCACAGCAGAAGGUAUUUUGACAAAUAUUUCGAAACAAGCAAUUUUGCAUCUAACGCAACAACAGCAAAUGUAA